GGCAGCGCCACCUCAGGACGCAGGCAAGCCAGCUAGCGACUGGCUGCGACGGCGGCGGAGGUGCUGGUGGCAGUUCGCGGCGAGGGCGACUGCUCCGAGGCCGAGUGGCGAUCGGGCGGAGACCUCGGUUCCUUCCCCUGCAUGAUUCUCUUGUGAAAUUGCUCGGAGGGAAUCUGAAGUCAAUAUACUGGAAAAGAACCAGAGAGCAAACAAAUUGGGUUUUGAAUUCCUUCUCUGCCGCAUAAUAGCUGAAUGAAUAGGCGGACCUGAUAUGUUGCUUGUACCAGGCACGAAAUAAAUGCAGAUACCAUGUCCAUAUUUUGUGGAUGAAAAAAAUUUGAGGUUCAGAGAAUUUGCAUUAUGUACCCAAGUGAUCAGCUCUUGUACCUCUUCCACAUUUGAAGAUGGUGAAGUUAGAUAUUCAUACUCUGGCCCAUCACCUCAAGCAGGAACGCUUGUAUGUAAACUCUGAGAAACAGCUCAUUCAGAGGCUCAAUGCAGAUGUGCUUAAGACCGCUGAGAAGUUGUAUCGUACAGCAUGGAUUGCUAAACAACAGAGAAUUAAUUUGGAUCGGCUUAUCAUAACCAGUGCUGAAGCUUCCCCUGCUGAAUGUUGCCAACAUGCCAAGAUUUUGGAAGAUACACAGUUUGUUGAUGGGUAUAAGCAAUUAGGAUUUCAGGAGACUGCUUAUGGAGAAUUCUUGAGUCGAUUAAGGGAAAACCCUCGUCUUAUUGCCUCCUCUCUGGUUGCUGGAGAGAAACUUAAUCAGGAGAACACACAAAGUGUUAUUUACACAGUUUUUACCUCCCUCUAUGGCAACUGCAUAAUGCAAGAAGAUGAAAGCUACCUCCUUCAGGUUUUGAGAUACUUGAUUGAAUUUGAACUUAAAGAAAGUGACAACCCCAGGCGACUUUUGAGGAGAGGAACUUGUGCCUUCAGCAUCUUAUUUAAACUUUUCUCCGAAGGACUGUUUUCUGCCAAACUUUUCCUCACAGCUACUUUACAUGAGCCAAUCAUGCAACUGCUUGUGGAAGAUGAAGAUCAUCUGGAAACAGAUCCAAAUAAGCUAAUAGAGAGGUUCUCCCCAUCUCAACAGGAAAAACUCUUUGGAGAGAAAGGCUCGGAUCGAUUCAGGCAAAAGGUUCAAGAGAUGGUGGAUUCCAAUGAGGCCAAGCUGGUGGCAUUGGUGAACAAAUUUAUUGGUUAUCUCAAACAGAACACAUACUGCUUUCCGCAUAGUCUGAGGUGGAUUGUGUCACAGAUGUACAAAACGCUGUCCUGUGUAGAUAGGCUGGAAGUCGGGGAAGUCAGGGCAAUGUGUACUGAUCUCCUGCUGGCCUACUUCAUUUGUCCUGCCGUUGUCAAUCCAGAACAGUAUGGAAUAAUCUCUGAUGCUCCUAUUAAUGAGGUAGCAAGAUUCAAUCUGAUGCAGGUGGGCCGCCUUUUGCAGCAACUGGCGAUGACCGGCUCUGAAGAGGGAGAUCCCCGGACAAAGGGCAGCCUUGGAAAAUUUGACAAAAGCUGUGUUGCUGCUUUCCUUGAUGUUGUGAUUGGGGGCCGUGCAGUGGAGACCCCUCCAAUGUCCUCUGUUAAUCUUCUGGAAGGGUUGAGCAGAACUGUGGUUUAUAUAACCUACAGCCAGCUUAUUACUCUGGUGAAUUUUAUGAAGAGUGUGAUGUCUGGAGAUCAACUGAGAGAGGACAGAAUGGCUCUAGACAAUUUAUUGGCAAACCUACCCCAGGCAAAGCCCUGGAAAAGCAGCAGUUUGGAAAUGACUCCCUACAACACUCCUCAGCUGUCUCCAGCAACCACUCCAGCAAAUAAAAAGAACCGAUUGCCUAUAGCAACUCGGAGCAGAAGCCGUUCCAAUGUGCUAAUGGACCUACAUAUGGACCAUGAAGUGUCAUCUCAAGAAACCAUCCAGGAAGUACAGCCAGAGGAAGUGUUGGUCAUUUCGUUAGGGACAGGUCCCCAGCUGACUCCAGGGAUGAUGUCAGAAAAUGAGGUCCUAAACAUGCAACUUUCGGAUGGAGGACAAGGAGAUGUCCCUGUUGAUGAAAACAAACUCCACGGUAAACCUGAUAAAACCUUGCGCUUUUCCCUCUGCAGUGAUAAUCUGGAAGGAAUAUCUGAAGGUCCUUCAAAUCGCUCCAAUUCAGUGUCCUCUCUAGACCUGGAAGGAGAGUCUGUAUCAGAACUUGGAGCAGGACCUUCUGGGAGUAAUGGAGUUGAAGCUCUACAGCUUUUGGAGCAUGAGCAAGCCACAACACAAGAUAAUCUGGAUGAUAAGCUGAGGAAGUUUGAAAUUCGUGACAUGAUGGGACUGACGGAUGAUAGGGAUAUAUCAGAAACAGUGAGUGAGACCUGGAGCACAGAUGUCUUGGGAAGUGAUUUUGACCCUAACAUUGAUGAAGAUCGCUUGCAAGAAAUUGCAGGUGCAGCCGCAGAGAACAUGUUAGGCAGCUUACUGUGCCUGCCAGGGUCAGGGUCAGUGCUUCUUGACGCCUGCACUGGCUCUACCAUAUCAGAGACAACAAGCGAAGCUUGGAGUGUAGAGGUUUUGCCAAGUGACUCAGAGGCCCCAGAUCUAAAGCAGGAGGAGCGCCUGCAGGAACUGGAGAGCUGCUCUGGCCUGGGCAGCACAUCUGAUGAUACGGAUGUCAGGGAGGUCAGUUCCCGCCCCAGCACACCAGGCCUCAGUGUUGUGUCGGGUAUAAGUGCAACCUCUGAGGAUAUUCCCAAUAAGAUUGAAGACCUGAGAUCUGAGUGCAGCUCUGACUUUGGGGGUAAAGAUUCUGUCACUAGUCCAGACAUGGAUGAAGUAACUCAUGGUGCCCACCCGCUGACCUCCCCACCUUCCCAGUCAGAGUCUCUGCUCGCCAUGUUUGAUCCUCUGUCUUCACAUGAAGGGGCUUCUGCUGUGGUAAGGCCCAAGGUUCACUAUGCCAGGCCAUCGCACCCACCGCCAGACCCCCCGAUCCUGGAAGGAGCGGUGGGCGGAAAUGAGGCCAGGCUGCCAAACUUUGGUUCCCAUGUCUUAACGCCCGCUGAAAUGGAGGCAUUCAAGCAAAGACAUUCUUACCCUGAGAGAUUAGUUCGCAGCAGGAGCUCUGAUAUAGUAUCUUCUGUCCGGAGACCCAUGAGUGACCCCAGCUGGAAUCGGCGCCCAGGGAAUGAAGAACGAGAGCUCCCUCCAGCCGCAGCCAUUGGUGCUACUUCUUUGGUGGCUGCACCUCAUUCAUCGUCUUCAUCCCCGAGUAAGGACUCCUCAAGAGGAGAGACUGAAGAACGCAAAGAUAGCGAUGAUGAGAAAUCAGACAGGAACAGACCUUGGUGGAGAAAGCGUUUUGUUUCUGCCAUGCCUAAAGCUCCUAUACCAUUUAGAAAGAAAGAAAAACAAGAAAAAGACAAAGAUGAUCUGGGGCCUGACAGAUUCUCAACACUCACAGAUGAUCCCAGCCCUCGACUCAGUGCUCAGGCCCAGGUCGCUGAGGACAUUCUGGACAAGUAUAGGAAUGCCAUCAAACGGACCAGCCCCAGUGAAGGAGCAAUGGCAAACUACGAAAGUGCAGAGGUUAUGGGUGAUGGUGAAAGUGCACACGAUUCUCCUCGAGAUGAGACGCUGCAGAACAUCUCAGCCGAUGAUCUGCCGGACUCCGCGAGCCAAGCGGCCCACCCUCAGGACUCGGCUUUCUCUUACCGAGAUGCAAAAAAGAAACUGAGGCUUGCUCUUUGCUCUGCGGAUUCUGUUGCUUUCCCAGUGCUAACCCAUUCAACAAGGAAUGGUUUACCAGACCACACAGACCCAGAAGACAAUGAAAUUGUAUGCUUCUUAAAAGUUCAAAUAGCCGAAGCAAUUAAUUUACAAGAUAAAAACUUAAUGGCUCAACUGCAAGAAACAAUGCGUUGUGUGUGCCGCUUUGAUAACAGGACGUGCAGGAAGCUGCUGGCCUCUAUCGCGGAGGAUUACAGGAAAAGGGCCCCCUAUAUUGCUUAUCUCACUCGCUGUCGACAAGGACUGCAGACCACACAGGCUCACCUGGAAAGGCUUCUGCAAAGGGUUCUGCGGGACAAGGAGGUGGCCAAUCGGUACUUCACCACCGUCUGUGUGAGGCUGCUACUUGAGAGCAAAGAAAAGAAGAUCAGGGAGUUCAUUCAAGACUUUCAGAAACUCACAGCGGCUGAUGAUAAAACUGCUCAGGUAGAAGAUUUCCUAAAGUACCUUUAUGGCGUGAUGGCCCAGGACGUCAUAUGGCAAAAUGCGAGUGAGGAGCAGCUGCAGGACGCUCAGCUGGCCAUUGAGCGGAGCGUGAUGAAUCGGAUUUUCAAGCUUGCUUUCUACCCUAAUCAGGAUGGCGACAUACUUCGCGACCAGGUUCUUCAUGAACAUAUUCAGAGACUGUCUAAGGUCGUGACCGCAAACCACAGAGCCCUCCAGAUACCGGAGGUCUACCUUCGGGAGGCACCAUGGCCUUCGGCACAGUCAGAAAUCAGGACAAUAAGUGCUUACAAGACACCCCGGGACAAAGUGCAGUGCAUCCUGCGCAUGUGCUCCACCAUCAUGAACCUCCUGAGCCUGGCCAAUGAGGACUCCGUCCCGGGAGCCGAUGACUUCGUCCCUGUUCUGGUGUUCGUGUUGAUAAAGGCAAACCCACCCUGUUUGCUGUCCACUGUUCAGUACAUCAGUAGCUUCUAUGCCAGCUGUCUGACUGGAGAGGAGUCGUAUUGGUGGAUGCAGUUCACUGCAGCAGUGGAAUUCAUUAAAACCAUCGAUGACCGAAAGUGACCCAAGACCCAGGCCCACCGAGGCAGCAGACUGUUAGGCGGGCAAACAGGUCUCUAAGAAAAUGUACCAGCUGCUUUGAAGGCUGAAGAGUGUUUUUGUAUAAUAUUGUACAGCAUUCAGACAUUUUAAAACAGAUCUUUACUAAACAGAUUGAUGAGCUAACAAGCAGGUUCUCUUUUCUUUGGGCUCUUUUCCUUUCUGAAUUGCAUAUUUUAUUUUCUUGAUCCCAAGUAGAGAAUAGUAUUACAAAAAGGGACCACAUUUUUCAGGUAUUUGAAAUACUAAAAAACUAAGCAAAAUCUCCUAGAAAAUUUCUAGAUCUCCAGUCAUGGAUAUCCAUUCUUUCCUUUCAUUUAACAAAGAAGAACAAUAUGUCUUUUAAGAUGCUGUCUAACCCUGUAGACAUCCAGUGGGAGGGAGAUACGAGCUGCACUGACCGCUGUAAUGGUGGUGGCAUUAGUGGCAUUGCCUAUAAAUACACUCGCCUAAAUUGAAAAGCUAAGAAGGAAAUGUAAAUACAAUAUAUAUUUAUAUUUGAUGUAAUAUGGACACCUUCAGAGUCUAAUAAACAAGGGAUAUUGCUGGUAGUAGAUUGUGAUGUACCCUCUUGUGAAAUGGUUUCCUUGACAAAAAUUUAAGCUGAGCUUAAAAUCAGAAAACAAAAAAGUACACAAAUAUUUAUUAAAGUGUAAUAUAGUUUAUUGAACUUUGUAGGUGUGGAGUUUGAUGCCCAGGGCUGCCUUUAAUGACAGGUAUAAAAAUCAUGAGUGAGUCGCCUAGACACUCCUCACUGUGGACAUCGCCGAGCCUGCAGUGGGAGAGAGGUCUUUAGUCCCCGUGUAUCACAUGCAAAGGAGCCGUAGAGAUCUAAUACUUUUUUGUGGUACUUACCUGAAAUACUAAAUAAUAGCGUAGAAACCACCAACAGAACUCCUUACAACCCUGUAAUUGUAAUAUAUUUUUGAUGAUGAUUCACAUUGAAUGCACAGACCAGGAAUUCAGUGAAUGUCAUUUUUUUAAAAAAACUAAUUUGUAUUGUCUGCUCUAGUGAUACAAGUUUUAUUAGUGAUAAACUAUUUUAAUCAACCAUACUAUUCUUAUGGAAAAAAAUCUAUUUUGGCAGGUUUCUGUGCCUUUAUUUCCCUAUUCUGAAGGAAAGUAUGUAUUUCAAUGUUUUGUUUUGAUUAUAUGUUGAUAGUUAACAGGACUCGGCUUCGGUGUCUGAGAAGCUGGCCACGGAGGCACACUGAAGCUCCAGGCACAAGCCUUGUGCCCGCCCGUCACUGACGGGCUUCACUGUGUCUGUUUCCUGGUCACGUUGAGCGGCUUUUUACAACAAACGUGGCCCCAUGCUUUGAGUCCCUUGUUGCUGACAGCACUUCAGGCCCUCUGAAGGGAACUGGGACAGACACCUGGAGCAGGUGAGGACAGAGGUUGUCUUUCCCUCCCUCCAAGGGCUCCGGGUCUCGUGCCUGAGGAAGCUGGGGUUUCUCUACGCCCCCACCUCUUUUCCUUUUUUUUUUGAAACAGCAAAAUAAGAAGUUGCAUAGGAGUGUGGGAUGUGGUUUCUGCCUUUUAGGGAGAGAUCAAAAUUAAACUAGUACUACAAAAAUGUCCUUUUGAAUGUUAGGUCAAGAAAUCUGUGUACAGAGUCAUGUGCUUUGUGGGGCGGUGACUGUCAAACUUGCCAGGUGUUAGAAGUCAAAUCCCAACAUAAAUAUUUUACAAGACAACUGUCUAACAUGCUAAGAUCUAAAAGGGAGUCCAUUUUCUUCAGCAUUUGAUUCAAUAAACGUUAAGUCAACAGAA